AGCCCCACUCCGGCCAUGGCCGCGGCACCCACUCAGCCCCAGUCCAGAGAAAGACCCUGGAGCCUGGAGUCAGAGGCUCCUGUGCUUCGUAUCACAGCUCCCUUGCCUCCAGUGCCCACCCCAGGCCCAGGGGAAAGGCCCAGUACUACACCCCCUAGCAGAGCAUGGACUCCAACCCAGGAGGGUCCUGGAGACAUGGGCAGGCCAUGGGCUCCAGAGGUUGGGCCCCAGACCACGGGACUUGGGAUGGAGGGAACUAUCGCCACCUCUACAGCUUCAGGGGACGAUGAGGAGACCACCGCCACCAUCAUCACCACCACCAUCACCACCGUCCAGCCACCAGGCCCUUGUAGCUGGAAUUUCUCAGGCCCAGAGGGCUCUUUGGACUCCCCCAUGGCCCCCAGCUCACCUAUUGAUGUCGGCCUGGACUGUUUCUACUACAUCUCCGUCUACCCUGGCUACGGCGUAGAAAUCAAGGUCCAGAACAUCAGCCUCCGAGAGGGGGAGGUGGUGACUGUGGAGGGCCUGGGGGGGCCUGACCCGCUGCCUCUGGCCAACCAGUCUUUCUUGCUGAGGGGCCAGGUCAUCCGUAGCCCCACCCACCAAGCAGCACUGAGGUUCCAGAGCCUCCCACCACCUGCUGGACCUGGCACCUUCCAUUUCCACUACCAAGCCUAUCUCCUGAACUGCCACUUUCCCCGGCGUCCUGCUUAUGGAGCUGUGACUGUCACCAGCCUCCACCCGGGAGGCAGCGCCCGCUUCCGCUGUGCCACUGGCUACCAGCUGAAAGGUGCCAGAAUCCUCACUUGUCUCAAUGCCACCCAGCCCUUCUGGGAUGCCCAAGAGCCUGUCUGCAUUGCUGCCUGCGGUGGAGUGACCCGCAACGCCACCACCGGCCGCAUCGUCUCCCCGGGCUUCCCGGGCAACUACAGCAACAAUCUCACCUGCCACUGGCUGCUUGAGGCUCCCGAAGGCCAGCGGCUGCACUUACACUUUGAGAAGGUUUCCCUGGCGGAGGAUGACGACAGGCUCAUCAUCCGCAAUGGGGACAAUGUGGAGGCCCCUCCAGUGUAUGAUUCCUAUGAGGUGGAGUACCUGCCCAUCGAAGGCCUGCUCAGCUCCGGCCGACACUUCUUCGUGGAGCUCAGUACUGACAGCAGCGGGGCAGCCGCAGGCAUGGCCCUGCGCUAUGAGGCCUUCCAGCAGGGCCACUGCUAUGAGCCCUUUGUCAAAUACGGCAACUUCAGCAGCAGCGCCCCCUCCUACCCCGUGGGCACCACUGUGGAGUUCAGCUGUGACCCUGGCUACACCCUGGAGCAGGGCUCCAUCAUCAUUGAGUGCAUCGACCCCCACGACCCCCAGUGGAAUGAGACAGAGCCAGCCUGCCGAGCUGUGUGCAGUGGGGAGAUCACAGACUCAGCUGGUGUGGUGCUCUCCCCCAACUGGCCGGAGCCUUACAGCCGUGGGCAGGACUGCAUUUGGGGCGUGCACGUGGAAGAGGACAAGCGCAUCAUGCUGGAUGUCCGAGUGCUGCGCAUAGGCCCUGGUGACGUGCUUACCUUCUAUGAUGGGGACGACCUGACAGCCCGGGUCCUGGGCCAGUACUCAGGGCCCCGUGGCCACUUCAAGCUCUUUACCUCCAUGGCCGACGUCACCAUACAGUUCCAGUCAGACCCUGGGGCCUCGGUGCUGGGCUACCAGCAGGGCUUUGUCAUCCACUUCUUUGAGGUGCCCCGCAAUGACACCUGUCCGGAGCUGCCUGAGAUCCCCAAUGGCUGGAAGAGCCCGUCUCAGCCUGAGCUGGUACACGGCACAGUGGUCACUUACCAGUGCUACCCCGGCUACCAGGUGGUAGGAUCCAGUGUCCUCAUGUGCCAGUGGGACCUAACCUGGAGCGAGGACCUGCCCUCCUGCCAGAGAGUGACUUCUUGCCACGACCCCGGGGACGUGGAGCACAGCCGACGCCUCAUAUCUAGCCCCAAAUUUCCCGUGGGGGCCACCGUGCAGUACAUCUGCGACCAGGGCUUUGUGCUGACGGGUAGUGCCAUCCUCACCUGCCACGACCGGCAAGCCAGCAGCCCCAAGUGGAGCGACCGGGCCCCUAAAUGCCUCCUGGAACAGCUCAAGCCAUGCCAUGGCCUCAGCGCCCCUGAGAACGGUGCCCACAGUCCUGAGAAGCGGCUACACCCAGCAGGGGCUACUGUCCACUUCUCUUGUGCCCCUGGCUACGUGCUGAAGGGUCAGGCCAGCAUCAAGUGUGUGCCCGGGCAUCCUUCACAUUGGAGUGACCCUCCCCCCAUCUGUAGCGCUGCCUCUCUGGAUGGGUUCUACAGCGGCCGCAGCCUGGAUGUUGCCAAGACACCUGCUGCCUCCGGCACCCUGGAUGCCGCCCACAUUGCAGCUGCCAUCUUCUUGCCAUUGGUGGUGAUGGCGCUCUUGGUGGGAGGUGUGUACCUCUACUUCUCUAGGCUCCAGGGGAAAAGCCCCCUGCGGCUGCCCCAAACACGACCCCGCCCCUACGACCGCAUUACUGUGGAGUCAGCAUUUGACAAUCCAACUUACGAAAUUGGAUCUCUUUACUUUGCAGGAGACGAAAGAAUAUGAAGUCUCCAUCUAGUUGGGGCAGCCUGGAGGAGUCAGCUCAGCCCAGCAUCACAGCCCAGCAGCAGAGUUUCCAGCCUCCUGCUGUCCCUACACCUCCUGUACAUACCAUCUGGGAAGAGACGCCACCAAUCCCUCAAGAAGCUGUGCCCUUCCCCACCUGUAAUGCCCUCCAGGGCCCAUUUUCUUGGUACCACUGCCCACAUAGGGCCCUUCCUUGGGUUCAAGUCAGGGGGCAUCUGCCUCUGAGCAGAGCACAGCUGGAGCACAUGCAUCAGGAACCAGCAUUCUCCUGACUCUCCUUCAUGCCCUGGACCUCUAGCCUGGAAUCCACAAGCCGAGGAAGAGCACCUCUCUCCAGGUGACCACCAUCCAGCUCGGCAUGUGGCACCUUGCAGCGGGGUUAACUUGAUGGUGGUGGAAACUGCACCAGGAUGCUCCUCACAGGGCCAUCACUAGUGGCCAAAGCUGCUGUCAACAGUGACCUCUGGGUAGUCCUGGCAUGCUGACAUCAGCCCCUCGGGCGGGGAGGUCUCGAGUCCUUCUCUAAGGCCCCAGGAAUGGACAGUUCUGCUUCCUGGAGGCAAUAAUUCUAAGGGAUCCUAAGGGGCUUAGGGACCCUACCCGAAGCUCAGGUUGGGCUUCCCUAGGCACUCAUGCUCCACACCAAAGC